AUGUUACACUCUCGCACCGCAACACCAAAGAACCGGUUCGGGCCAGCUGCUAGCUCGUCACCAGCAAAAGCGUCUACACCGCGUCCGGUUGGGCGACCGAUCGGAUCCAAAUUGGCCUCAUCUUUGUUGACGAAGCGUUCCCUGCUAAACAUUUCAAACUCCGACUCACCCUCUGCAUCUCCUGCUCAAACGCCGAAACAGAAUCAGCCUGCGUCCGCUGGUGCCGGUUUGGGAGCCAAAUCUAAAUCGUCAACCACUCUGAAUUACAACAGCUGCUACACCCCGUCGUCCCUGUACCGUGCUCCGCCUGCAUCGUCCAAAAGUGCAUCGAAAGAUUUCGGAACACCAAAGAACCUACUGAAGCGCACCAGGGCACGCGAAGAUUUGCUCAACGCGCGUACACCGGAAUGUUUCUCACGCAUUUCGUUGGACACUCCAACGCUCGGCACAGGAAGGCACCGAUCGAGCCACGGAGCGCUGAAUGAAUCGCAACGCAGUUCGAAGGAAAAGGACAAGGAAGCACCGGGCGAAAUAAGUAACUUGAAGGUAGCCGUGCGCAUUCGUCCCCUAUCGGUGAAGGAAUGUAUCGACUCAGUGGCCAACAUUGUGCGUGUAGUCGGCAACGAGCUGUACGUUCACACUGGCAGUUCGGCGGACACUCUGGCUGGGGUUGAAAAUCGCUUCCUCUACGAUCAUGUCCUCUGGUCGUGCAACGCCGAAGAAGAAGCCUACGUUGAUCAGGCCGGAGUGUACAACAGUCUGGUCCAUCCGCUGCUUGAUAAGGCUUUCGAAGGAUACAACACGUGCUUGUUCGCCUACGGGCAAACGGGAUCUGGCAAGAGCUACAGCAUGAUGGGCAUGGAUUUGGACGACAAUUACGACGAUGGUCCGAACAGCGAAGCCGGCAUCAUUCCACGAUUCUGCCAGGAACUGUUCGCACGCAUCGAGGCCCUGAAAGGACGCAUCCAUGCCGAGGUGGAAGUGAGUUACUUCGAAAUUUACAAUGAGAAAAUUCACGAUCUUCUGUCGGUCACUCCGACCGAUGGCCAUGGGGGGUUGUGCACCGUGGCGACCCCGGGCAAUCCCGUUAAAAAGGCGCCGCUAAAGGUACGCGAGCAUCCCGUCUGGGGACCGUACGUGGUCGAUCUCAGUACGCAUCCGGUAGACACGCACACGGCACUAAGAAACUGGCUCGCCGUCGGCAACAGCCAACGUGCCACGGCUGCGACGGGAAUGAACGACAAAAGUUCCCGCUCGCACUCGAUCUUCUCCGUCGUGCUGAACCUGGCCGAAAUCGUGAGCAGCAGCGAUUCGGACGAUGCGAGCGAUGGAGCAGGGCGCCCGACGGUGCAGCAAACGAAGCGCAGCAAAAUCAGCCUCGUCGAUCUGGCCGGAUCGGAGCGGGUCAGUCAGACGUGCGCAAGCGGAACCCGCCUCAAGGAAGGUGUCAGCAUCAACAAGAGUCUGCUCACGCUAGGGAAAGUGAUUUCGGCGCUGGCCGAUUCGAAGAAGAGCCACAAUGCUUACAUCCCUUAUCGGGACUCGGUGCUCACGUGGCUACUAAGGGAAAACUUGGGCGGAAACUCGCGCACGGUGAUGCUGGCCACCAUAUCGCCUGCCAGCAUACAUCGGGAUGAAACGCUUGCCACCCUACGCUACGCUUGCCAGGCACGCAGCAUCGUGAACCGCGUCAAGGUGAACGAAGAUCCGCACGAUCGCAUUAUUCGCGAGCUGCGCGCCGAAGUCGAACGGCUGCAGGUCCUGCGCCAGGACUACGAGCGUCAGAAGCGACUCUCCGAGGCCAACCACCUGCAACCACGAAAAAUCAUCAUCGAAACGUCGGUUGACGAUAGCGAAGUGGAAGCACUGCGGCAGCAGCUCACCGAAACGGAACAGGAGCUGGUCAAAGCCCAGCGAUCGUGGCGCGAGCGGCUGCAGGAAGCGGAAGACGUUCGCCGAACGGAGAUGAAGCUGCUGAAACGCAAGGGCCUGGCGCUUGAACUGUCCGCCGAGCAGAAAGAACCGUGUCUGGUCAACCUGGCCACCGAUCCGAUGCUUUCCGGAACGCUACUGUACCUUAUUCCGCCGGGCACGGUGCGCAUCGGACGGCCAUCGUCAUUGUCAACGCCAGACAUUAUGCUCGAAGGGCCACUUGUGUCUCCCAACCAUUGUUGCAUUGAAAACAAGCAAGGAAAGCUGUUCCUUCUACCCGAGAACAACUCCGAGUACGAAACCUUCAUCAACGGUGAGCUGGUACAGGAACGGCGUCAACUUUUCCACGGCGAUCGCCUGGUUAUCGGUGGAUCGCAUUAUUUCCGCGUUUCGAAUCCACUGUGUCCGAACAAAUCGAAACAGGUGAUGGUUGACUUUCAACUGGCUCACCAGGAAAUUCUGUGCGAGCAAGAAAAUCGUCUCCGGCGUGAGUUGGAUGCCGAAAAACAGGCCGCAAUCGCGUGCAUCGAAGCAGAACGGAUGGCGCACGACCAGGAGUACGAGCAACGGCUGGCAACGCUCGAGUUGGAAAAGUUCAAGUACAAGUGCCACAAGGAAAUGCUCGAAUCGGAGCAGGAAGCACUGAUACUGCUGCAGUCGGGCAGGGUGGCACGUGACAGUACCGAUGGUGGUGCCGGCCGCCAGUCCGACGUCGGAGAAUUAUUGGAUGGUGGCGAGUUGGCGUUCUCCGAUUCGAAUCUGGCCGAGGAAAUCCGUCGCAUAAUGGAGCACACGAGCGAGGAAAGCUUGGCCCAAAUUCAGAUGCUGGUUAAAGAGGCUGGCCAGCGGUGCCGGGAUGUUGGGUUGGAUUACGAGUUCAAGCAAACCCAGGUCUGGCAGGAGGAGGGCAUUUUUCGUGCGGUAAUCAAUAUAGUGGAUCGCGCGAACGGACGCAUCGCCGAAUGGUUACCGGCAAGGCUCGAGUUUUGGCUAACCAUCGUGCGCGAACGGGACGAUCUUACUCCGGACAACAUGUUCGAACACUUUGAUCUCCCGUGGAACGACGCAGCCGAUCUGGCGGCCAAUGAGUCGCUACUGCAGGAGCCGCAAAACUCAAGUCGAAUUUCGUUAAACCUGAGUUCGGUGAAGGAUGCUAUAUUCGCCGGAAGGCACAGUUUGCUUUCCGCUCCCGGUAACACGUCGCUCGGUCAGGCUUCGCCUGGUUCGAACAGCGGCAGCAUCAUUGCUGGAAGUCUCCAUAAAACCCAUGGGUUACUGAAAUCGAUGUUUACCAGAAACUCCACGACCACCGGGAGCGCCAGAAAGGCUUUGUUCAGCGAAGGGCACGGCAACGAAGAGAACAUUCCCACCAACGGUCAGCAAACAGCCACAAGUGCCACGAAGACUCCGCUGCGUUUCGAUCAUAAAGCAGCUAACUAUCUGCGCAACGUGCAAGUGGCCACUUUGAGGCUGCGUAAACUUUGCGAAAAGCAUCAGGAAGAAUCGGGACCGACCGAUGAUACGCCGGUGGGCAAAGGGGAGAAGUCAGCACUGGCGAACCGAAUGCUUGCCUCGAUCGACGAUGUUGAACGAUCAAUUCAAAAUCUUCGCUCGAUCCUAAUGGAAUACAACAUCACACAAGCGACGCAGAACGCGAUCGAUGACGAACUAGGGCGUACACCAAAAUCAGUUCGCUUUCUACUCGAUUGAAGGAGAAUAAAUUCGCUGCGAUUGGUCCUUGUUUGGAUAUCCUACGUUACACUUGCCACUCUCGACGAGCACAUCUCAUAGGGAGGAUUAUUGUUUGUGAAUGUAUUAUUUUUCCUGUAUAUUUUUAGGUAACAUUUUAACCAAAUUUACACAAAAUGUAAACGGAAUGAACGUGAAUUUACAGCACGCUCGCGAAUGGCAACCAUCGGUACAUACCCAUUAUGUAAUCACAAA